UUGGAGACACCUCAGUCAUGGCUGCACUGGAAAUAUUUCUGGCCCUCUUGGCCAUUGGUUUCCUGAUCUACAAAUGGAGCACGGCCACCUUCAAAACCUUCCAGGAGCGAGGCCUGUACUUCGAGAAGCCCUACCCAUUAGUGGGCAACAUGGCUGGCUCGGCCUUGCAGAAAGCCUCCUUCCAGAAGCAGCUCAGCGAGUUCUACGAUCGCACUCGCCAGCACAAGAUUGUGGGCCUCUUCAAUCUGCGCACUCCAAUGAUCCAACUGAACGAUCCCGAGUUGAUCAAAAAGAUCUGCGUAAAGGACUUUGACCACUUCCCUAACCACCAGCUCUUUAUAAAAACAAAUGAGCGUUUGAUAAAUGACAUGCUCAGUGUUAUGAGAGAUCAGCGUUGGAAGCACAUGAGGACCACUCUGACCCCGGUAUUCACGGCGGCCAAGAUGCGCAGCAUGUUCACCCUGAUGAACGACAGUUUCGCCGAGUGCCUUCAGCACCUGGACACCGAAUCGGGAGCAGCUUCGGGAAGAAGUUUCGAGGUGGACAUGAAGGUGCUGUGCAACAAGCUCUCCAAUGAUGUCAUCGCCACCACUGCAUUUGGGCUGAAGGUGAACUCGUUCGAUAAUCCGAAAAAUGAGUUUUACGAGAUUGGUCAGUCCCUGGUCUUCUCCCGCGGAAGCCAGUUCUUUAAGUUUAUGUUGUCCUCACUCGUCCCAAAGAUUUUCAGUUUGCUUAAACUGACCAUCUUUGAGUCCAGCAAAGUCGAUUACUUCGUGCGCUUAGUGGUAGAAGCCAUUAAAUACCGCGAGAAACAAAAUAUUAACCGGCCCGACAUGAUCCAGCUGCUGAUGGAGGCCAAGAAGGAGUCCCAGGAUAACUGGUCGGACGACGAGAUCGUGGCCCAGUGCUUCAUUUUCUUCUUCGCCGCCUUCGAAAACAACUCCAAUCUUAUCUGCACCACCGCCUACGAGUUGCUCCACAAUCCAGAAAUCCAGCAGCGGCUGUACGAGGAGGUUAAGGAGACCCGGGAAGCUCUGAAGGGAGAAUCCCUGACCUAUGACGCCGUGCAAAAGAUGAACUAUAUGGACAUGGUCAUAUCUGAGUCCUUGCGCAAGUGGACCCUGGCCGCUGUCACUGACCGCUGUUGCUCAAAGGACUAUACUCUCACCGACGAUGACGGCACCAAGCUCUUCGACUUCAAGGUGGGGGACCGCAUUAAUAUACCAAUCUCUGGUCUACACAUGGACGACCGGUACUUCCCCGAGCCAAAGAAGUUUGAUCCGGAGCGCUUCAGCGAGGAACGGAAGGGUGAGCUGGUGCCGUACACAUAUCUACCUUUCGGCGUGGGUCCUCGUAACUGCAUAGGAAACCGCUAUGCCUUGAUGCAGGUCAAGGGCAUGUUUUACAAUCUUCUGCUGAAAUACAAGAUCGAAGCUUCACCGAGAACCGAAAAAGAUCUUUGGGGAUCGGCACGCGGCUUUAACUUUACUCCCCGUUCCGGAUUUUGGAUGCAGUUGGUUCCCAGAAAAUAAGCCCAUGUAGAUAUUAAUACUUUUGUUGAGGAAUAACAAAGUUAUAAGAUUAAAUAAAAAUUGGUUUAACUUUUAUUUAAUUAUUGUGGAAAAGAUACAAGAUUAAAUUAUUAUAAGUUCGUGUAAAGCAACAGAUCUAAGAAUUAGUGCGACAUGAAAAGCUGUAAUCGUUAAAUUAGGUUUGAACCAAAUUAAUAUGGAGUAAUAUGGAAAGCUAACAUAUAACUUGAGCUUUCAAAUUCCAAAUAAAAUGUUAUUAUUUUUAAAUAA